GGCGGCGGCGCCCCGGCUCCUGCCCGGACAGGUGCGCGCGGUGCGCAGGAAUGCGGCAGGCCUGACUCACCAGCGCCUCCCUCCUACCUGCGCCGCGCGCCCCAUAAAGCAGCGCCCUCCCCGGCCCGGGCGCCUUUGCCGUCCCUCCCUCCAGCCCUUCCCCCGGACGGGCUCGGUUCGCGCCUCCAGCGGGAGCCGCCGCGCGCGCAGACCAGCCUGGGAGGGCGCGAGUCCGCCCAAGGUGACAGAGCAGCUCCGAGGCCCCCAGGCUUCUCGCAGAAAGCUGCCCCCCAGGGAGGAAGAGGAUGGGGGGGCCGUGUCUCAGCCCAUGGACCAGGCUGCUGCUGGUGGCCCUGCUGAGUGUCAGCAUCCCCGGGGACACGGCAAACCGCUGCAAGAACGCGCAGGUGAAGAGCUGCACCGAGUGCAUCCGUGUGGACAAGGGCUGCGCCUACUGCACUGAUGAGAUGUUCAAGGAACGGCGCUGCAACACGGCAGCACAGCUGCUGGCCGCAGGCUGCCGGCAGGAGAGCCUGGUGGUCAUGGAGAGCAGCUUCGAGAUCACAGAGGAGACUCAGAUUGACACCACCCUGCGGCGCAGCCAGGUGUCUCCCCAGGGGCUGCGGGUCCGGCUGCGGCCCGGCGAGGAGCGAAGCUUCCAGUUCGAGGUGUUUGAGCCCCUGGAGAGCCCCGUGGACCUGUACAUCCUCAUGGACUUCUCCAACUCUAUGUCCGACGAUCUGGCCAACCUCAAGCAGAUGGGGCAGAAUCUGGCCCGGGUCCUGGGCCAGCUCACCAGCGACUACACCAUCGGGUUUGGCAAGUUUGUGGACAAAGUCAGCGUCCCUCAGACGGAUAUGAGGCCCGAGAAGCUGAAGGAGCCCUGGUCCAACAGCGAUGCCCCCUUCUCCUUCAAGAAUGUCAUCAGCUUGACCCAGGAUGUGGAUGAGUUCCGGAGUAAACUGCAGAAAGAGCGGAUCUCGGGCAACCUGGAUGCCCCUGAGGGAGGCUUUGAUGCCAUCCUACAGACGGCUGUGUGCACGGAGGACAUCGGCUGGCGCUCAGACAGCACCCAUCUGCUGGUGUUCUCCACCGAGUCGGCCUUCCACUACGAGGCCGAUGGCGCCAAUGUGCUGGCGGGCAUCAUGAGCCGCAAUGACGAGAAGUGCCACCUGGACCACACGGGCACCUACACCUGGUACCGGGCACAGGACUACCCGUCGGUGCCCACCCUGGUGCGCCUGCUGGCCAAGCACAACAUCAUCCCCAUCUUCGCUGUCACCAACUACUCCUACAGCUACUAUGAGAAGCUCCACACGUAUUUCCCCGUCUCCUCGCUGGGGGUGCUGCAGGAGGACUCGUCCAACAUCGUGGAGCUGCUGGAGGAGGCCUUCAACCGCAUUCGUUCGAACCUGGACAUCCGGGCCCUGGACAGCCCCCGAGGCCUGCGGACGGAAGUUACCUCCACGAUGUUCCCAAAGACAGAGACCGGAUCCUUUCAUAUCCGGCGUGGGGAAGUGGGCACAUACCACGUGCAGCUGCGGGCCAUCGAGGAGGUGGACGGGACGCACGUGUGCCAGCUGCCUAAAGAGGACCAGGAGGGGAACAUCCAUCUGAAGCCUUCCUUCUCUGAUGGCCUCAGGAUGGACGUGGGCCUCAUCUGUGACGUGUGCAGCUGUGAGCUGCAAAAGGAGAUCCGGUCUGAUCGCUGCAACUUCAACGGAGACUUUAUGUGUGGACACUGUGUGUGCAGUGAGGGCUGGAGCGGCAAGACCUGCAACUGCUCCACCGGCUCGCUGAGCGACACACAGCCCUGCGUGCGGGAGGGUGAGGACAAGCCGUGCUCCGGGCACGGCGAGUGCCAGUGUGGGCGCUGCGUGUGCUACGGCGAGGGCCGCUACGAGGGCCAGUUCUGCGAGUACGACAACUUCCAGUGCCCGCGCACCUCCGGCUUCCUCUGCAACGACCGGGGACGCUGCUCCAUGGGCCAGUGCGUGUGUGAGCUCGGCUGGACGGGCCCGAGCUGUGACUGCCCUCUCAGCAAUGCCACCUGCGUCGACAGCAACGGGGGCAUCUGCAAUGGGCGUGGCCACUGCGAGUGUGGACGCUGCCACUGCAACCAGCAAUCACUCUACACGGACACCACCUGCGAAAUCAACUACUCAGCGAUCCGCCUGGGCCUCUGCGAGGACCUGCGCUCCUGUGUGCAGUGCCAGGCCUGGGGCACCGGUGAGAAGAAGGGGCGCACGUGCGAGGAGUGCAGCUUCAAGGUCAAGAUGGUGGACGAGCUUAAGAGAGCGGAGGAGGUGGUGGAGUACUGCUCCUUCCGGGACGAGGAUGAUGACUGCACCUACAGCUACACCGUGGAGGGCGACGGUGCCCCCGGGCCCAACAGCACCGUCCUGGUGCACAGGAAGAAGGACUGCCCACCUGCCUCCUUCUGGUGGCUCAUCCCCCUGCUCAUCUGCCUCCUGCCGCUCCUGGCGCUGCUGCUGCUACUCUGCUGGAAGUUCUGCGCCUGCUGCCAGGCCUGCCUGGCACUUCUUCCUUGCUGCAACCGAGGCCACAUGGUGGGCUUCAAGGAAGACCACUACAUGCUGCGGGAGAACCUGAUGGCCUCGGACCACCUGGACACGCCCCUCCUGCGCAGCGGGAACCUCAAGGGGCGGGACACGGUCCGCUGGAAGAUCACCAACAACGUGCAGCGGCCCGGCUUUGCCAGCCACACCGCCAGCACCAACACCCCGGAGCUGGUGCCCUAUGGGCUGUCCUUGCGCCUCGCCCGCCUCUGCACCGAGAACCUGCUCAAGCCUGACACCCGAGAAUGCCAACAGCUACGCCAGGAGGUGGAGGACAAUCUGAACGAGGUGUACAGACAGAUCCCAGGCGUGCACAAGCUCCAGCAGACUAAGUUCCGGCAGCAGCCCAACGCCGGGAAAAAGCAGGACCACACCAUCGUGGACACGACGCUGACGGCUCCCUGCUCGGCCAAGCAGGCCCUGCUGAAGCUGACGGAGAAGCAGGUGGGGCAGGGGGCCUUCCACGAGCUCAAGGUGGCCCCGGGCUAUUACACCUUCACCGCCGACCAGGACGCCCGGGGCAUGGUGGAGUUCCAGGAGGGCGUGGAGCUGGUGGACGUGCGGGUGCCCCUCUUUAUCCGGCCCGAGGAUGACGACGAGAAGCAGCUGCUGGUGGAGGCCAUCGAUGUGCCCACGGGCACUGCCACCCUGGGCCGCCGCCUGGUGAACAUCACCAUCCUCAGGGAGCAAGCCAGCGGGGUAGUAUCGUUUGAGCAGCCCGAGUACACUGUCAGCCGUGGGGAGCAGGUGGCCCGCAUCCCUGUCGUGCGGCACAUCCUGGAAAACGGCAAGUCCCAGGUUUCCUACCGCACACAGGACAACACAGCGCAGGGCAACCGGCACUACGUCCCCGUGGAAGGUGACCUGCUGUUUUACCCUGGGGAGACCUGGAAGGAGCUGCAGGUGAAGCUGCUGGAGCUGCAAGAGAUAGACUCCCUCCUGCGCGGCCGCCAGACGCACCGUUUCUACAUCCAGCUCAGCAACCCCAAGUUUGGGGCCCGCCUGGGCCAGCCCCACUCUGCCACCGUCAUCAUCGGGGACCGAGAUGAAGUGGACCGGAACUUAGUGGGCCAGACCCUGUCAUCGCCCUCAGUCCCUGGUGAACUGGGUGCCCCACAGAACCCCAAUGCCAAGGCCGCCGGGUCCCGGAAGAUCCACUUCAACUGGCUGCCCCCUCCUGGCAAGCCGAUGGGGUACAAGGUGAAGUACUGGAUCCAGGGUGACCCCGAGUCCGAAGCCUGGCUGCUCGACAGCAAAGUGCCCUCGGUGGAGCUCACCAACCUGUACCCGUACUGUGACUACGAGAUGAAAGUGUGUGCCUACUGGCCACAGGGCGAGGGCCCCUCCAGCGCCCUGGUGUCCUGCCGCACCCACGAGGAAGUACCCAGCGAGCCGGGGCGUCUGGCCUUCAACGUUGUCUCCUCCACGGUGACCCAGCUGAGCUGGGCCGAGCCGGCCGAGACCAACGGCGAGAUCACGGCCUAUGAGGUCUGCUACGGCCUGGUCAACGAGGACAACCGACCCAUCGGGCCCAUGAAGAAGGUGCUGGUGGACAGCCCCAAGAAGCGGAUGCUGCUCAUUGAGAACCUGCGGGAGUCCCAGCCCUACCGCUACACCGUGAAGGCGCGCAACGGGGCGGGCUGGGGGCCCGAGCGGGAGGCCAUCAUCAACCUGGCCACCCAGCCCAAGCGGCCCAUGUCCAUCCCCAUCAUCCCGGACAUCCCCAUCGUGGACGCCCAGGGAGGGGAGGACUAUGACAGCUUCCUCAUGUACAGCAAUGACGUUCUACGCUCCCCGGCUGGCAGCCAGAGGCCCAGUGUCUCUGACGACACUGAGCACCUGGUGAACGGGCGGAUGGACUUCGCCUUCCCGGGCAGCGCCAACUCCCUGCACAGGAUGGCGGUGGGCAACGUCGCCUACGGCACCCACCUGAGCCCGCAGCUGCCCCACCGCGGGCUGAGCGCGUCCUCCACCCUCACGCGGGACUACCACUCGCUGACCCGCACGGAGCGCUCGCAGACGCUGCCCAGGGACUACUCCAUGCUCACCUCCCUCUCCUCCCACGGCCUCCCUCCCAUCUGGGAAGACGGGAGGAGCAGGCUUCCGCUGUCUUGGACCCUGGGAGCCCGCUGGCGGGCCCAGGUGGAGGGGCUCCCCCGCUCCGGGGGCUUACGGGACUCUAUAACCCUGGCUGGGCAGCAAACAGCGCCCUCCUGGGCCCCAGACUCGCGCUUGGCUGCGGGUGUGCCCAACACACCCACCCGCCUGGUGUUCUCAGCCCUGGGACCCACGUCUCUGAAAGUGAGCUGGCAGGAGCCUCAGUGCGAGCGGGCACUGCAGGGCUACAGUGUGGAGUACCAGCUUCUCAAUGGCGGAGAGCUGCACCGGCUCGCCAUUCCCCACCCCGGCCAGACAUCGGUGGUGGUGGAAGACCUGCUGCCCAACCACUCCUAUGUGUUCCGCGUGCGCGCGCAGAGCCAGGAGGGGUGGGGCCCGGAGAGGGAAGGCAUCAUCACCAUCGAGUCGCAGGUGCACCCCCAGAGCCCACUCUGUCCCCUGCCAGGCUCUGCCUUCACCCUGAGCACCCCCAGUGCCCCGGGCCCACUGGUGUUCACGGCCCUGAGCCCAGACUCGCUGCAGCUGAGCUGGGAGCGGCCACGGCGGCCCAACGGGGACAUCCUUGGCUACCUCGUGACCUGCGAGAUGGCCCACGGAGGAGGGCCAGCCACCACAUUCCAGGUGGACGGAGACAGUCCCGAGAGCCGGCUGACGGUGCCGGGCCUCAGCGAGAACGUGCCCUACAAGUUCAAGGUGCAGGCCAAGACCACCCAGGGCUUCGGGCCCGAGCGUGAGGGGAUCAUCACCAUCGAGUCCCAGGAUGGAGGCCCCUUCCCGCAGCUGGGCAGCCACGCCGGGCUCUUCCAGCACUUGGUGCCGGCCGAGUACAGCAGCCUCACCACCACCACUCACACCAGCAGCACUGAGCCCUUCCUCGGGGACGGGCUGACCCUCGGGUCCCAGUGCCUGGAGGCGGGGGGCUCCCUCACCCGGCACAUGACCCAGGAGUUUGUAAGCAGGACGCUGACCACCAGUGGGACCCUCAGCACGCAGGUGGACCACCAGUUCUUCCAGACCUGACCCCCCGCCCCCCAGCCUGCAGGGCCCUGGAGCCUGGACCACCCCCAAGUCCCGCCUCUACCCCCCACCCCCACCCCGCUGCCUCGGCUACUCCAUCCUUAGGGCCUCUGGGGAACCAGCUCCCCACCCAGUGCUGAGCACUCUCUGGGGUGUGACCUCUGGCCACAGAAAAGGGGGCCAGUGUCCACUGGGAGGUAGGUAGGGGGCUGAGGUCCUGGAAGACCCUCCUGGCUGUGCCCCCUUCUCGCGGCCCAAACCCUUUGUAUCCAAAGAGCUGGCACCAGCAUGCCCUGCACUUACACACUUUUUGCUACUUUGUGUAUUUUUCUGUAAACCAACAACUGCUCUAAAAAAUAAAUUUAAAAAGGAAGAAAGAAAGAAGCACUUAAUAAAGGUUUUUGCUACUGCUUG